AUGUCUGCCUCCCCGCUUGUGCCUACCAUCAACCUCAACCCAUCCAUGGGGGCGGUAUCCGUCGGCGUUCUAUGCGCCGCUAUAUUCCAAGGAAUCACCACCAUGCAGACACUAUUCUACUACACAACAUAUCCGAGAGAUCCCGCGUUCCUCAAGGCUCUGGUAGCUGUCCUGUGGAUCCUCGAUGCACUAUCGUUGGCAAUGCUAUCGUAUACACUCUACAUAUAUCUCGUACUUGAUUUUAUGAAUCCCUCCGCACUGGAGACGUUCAAUUGGGGCAUGACUACGGAACCGAUACUUGCUAAUAUCAUAGCUUGUGCUGUGCAUCUGUUCCUGACACACCGGAUCUGGAUGUUAAACAAGAGGCUUGCGCCGCUUGCCAUAAUUCUUGUAAUAAUUUCAUUGGUAACAACUGGGUUUGGCUUUGUGGGUGUAUACGACGUAGUCGGAGCCAGUAGAUCCAGUUCGAAUGCUAACUGGGUUCCAAGAGCAUGGGUUCCGACGACUAUUCUGUCUUUGACGACUGCCCUUGAUCUAGUCAUCACCUUUACGAUGUGCCUGGAAUUGUACAAAAGCCGUACUGGGUUCAAGAGAUCAGACAAGAUGAUCACCCUGUUAACAGCUUAUACUAUAAGCAGUGGUAUGCUACCAGCGCUGAUGAGCAUAGGCUCUCUAGUUUCGGAAUUAGUCGCUCCUCAGACGCUCGCUACCGAAGCAUUUAACGCCGUCAUAUCCAAAGCUUACAUCAAUGGCCUUCUCGCUACAUUAAACAGCAGGCAGUCUGUUGCCAGCCAGACUGGUGGAUUCGAGCACCAUCUGCCAGACAGCCAGCUCAUAUCGACGGUGCAGUUCAGGGCUGCUGGGACGACCACCCACGGUAAUUCGACAGGCUCAACACCUUUCGAGUUGUCAGAUAAAAAAGCCACGGAGCCUGUCCUGAUCAACGGACCUCAGGAUUACUCUCCUUCGGACCAGGGCGUCUGA